AUGAAGUUUUCCAAGCAAAUUUUGUCCACGGAAUGGACGUUCAAAGAUCGAGAUGACGAGACCCCGGAUGCAUGGAUGCCUGUCGCAGCAGUGCCUUCCACGGUUCAGCAGGAUCUCAUUGCAAAUAAGAAGCUCGAGGAUCCUUACAUAGGCUUUAACGAACUCAAAGCGCGCUGGGUCAACGAGAAGGUGUGGGUGUAUCGACAUGUCUUCCAACGACCGGAAAUCCCCGCUGGUGCAACUGCAGCAUUGGUGUUCGACGGCUUGGAUACUUUUGCUUCCGUCAAGCUCAACGGGGAGACAAUCCUUGAGUCUAGCAAUAUGUUCCUAGGCUACCGCGUGGAUAUCACCAACGCCCUGGGGUCAGCAAAGAGCACAAAUGUAUUAGAGAUCGAAUUCGAUUGCGCGCAACUAAAAGCAAUUGAGCUACGGAAAAAAGACCCGGAUCACAAAUGGCACGGAUUCAACGGAGACAUGGCUCGCCUAGGAGUGCGCAAGGCCCAAUACCAUUGGGGCUGGGAUUGGGGUCCAGUUAUCAUGACAGCUGGUAUCUGGCGCGAGGCGCGAUUGGAAGUCUACUCUGCACGAGUAGAAGACCUGUGGCCACAGACACAGCUCUCUUCAGACCAUAAAACGGCGACUGUUACAGCAGUUGCUAAAAUUGAUCAGUCCAACUCGGAAGGCUCGGUCGCUCGCUUCAAGUUGACUCUACGUGGACAAGAAAUUGCUCAAGUCGAUGUCCCAGUACCCGCCGAUAAAAAGGCCCAAGCCAGCUUUGAGGUCACCGAUCCCGAAUUAUGGUGGCCACAUGGCUACGGCCCCCAGACAUUGUAUGAAGUGUCAGUCUCACUCCUAAAUGAUGGGAACGAGCUACACCAGGUGUCGAAGAAAUUCGGCAUUCGGUCUGCCGAGGUCAUUCAGCAGCCAGAUAAGCAUGGAAAGUCGUUCUUCUUCCGAAUCAACGGACUGGACAUUUUCUGUGGAGGCUCUUGCUGGAUCCCUGCCGAUAACCUACUUCCUAGCAUCACUGCGGAGCGAUACCGGAAAUGGAUCGAGUUAAUGGUGGCAGGUGGCCAGAUUAUGUCCAGAGUAUGGGGUGGCGGUAUCUACGAAGAUGACGCUUUCUAUGACGCUUGCGAUGAGCUUGGCGUGCUGGUCUGGCAAGACUUUAUGUUCGGUUGCGGCAACUACCCAGUAUGGCCUGAGCUACUAGAGUCUGUACGGCAAGAGACAGUCUAUAACGUGGAGCGACUGAGACAUCAUCCUUCUAUCGUGAUCUACGUUGGUAACAAUGAAGAUUAUCAAGUCCAGGAGCAGACAGGACUCACCUACAACUAUGAAGAUAAGGACCCAGAAAGCUGGUUGAAGUCUGACUUCCCCGCACGUUAUAUCUAUGAAAAGCUACUACCAGAGCUGGUAUCCGAGUACUCGCCGAGUACUUUCUAUCAUCCGGGAAGUCCAUGGGGUGAUGGAAAAGUCUCGAGCGAUCCUACUGUGGGGGAUAUACAUCAGUGGAAUGUGUGGCAUGGAUCUCAGGAAAAAUAUCAGAUUUUCGACGCCUUGGGAGGCCGCUUUAACAGCGAGUUUGGAAUGGAAGCAUUCCCGCAAAUCUCGACAAUCGAUUACUUCCUGGAACAAAAGAAGGACAGGCACCCACAAUCACAAGUCAUGGACUUCCAUAACAAGGCUGAUGGCCACGAAAGGCGACUGGCGACGUACCUAGUGGAAAAUCUACGCCUGUCCACUGAUUUAGAGACAUACGCCUACCUCACACAAGUUGUUCAAGCAGAGACUAUGAUGUUCGGAUAUGGCGGAUGGCGCCGCCAAUGGGGCGAUGAGCGAAAGUGUGGUGGAGCGCUGCUAUGGCAGAUAAAUGACUGCUGGCCCACUAUCUCAUGGGCAAUCGCGGACUAUUUCUUGCGGCCAAAACCUGCUUACUACACUGUCAAGCGAGUUAUGCAGCCUGUGGUGGUUGGUGUACGACGUGAGCACCACGACUGGAGUGUCGUGCACGCAGUACCACCCCAGAAGAGCCGGUAUGAGAUGUGGGUCGCUAGCAGCAGACAAGAAGUACUACAUGGAACUGUCGAGCUACGCUUCAUAUCGGUGGACACCGGCAAGGACCUUCGCACUCCCGCUGUCUUCAAGGACGUCGCUAUUAUACCCAAUGGUACUUCUGAAAUCACAAGUGGUGUGAUUGAUCAUGUCACCGAGCCCGAGCCGCAUGUUUUGGCUGCGCGACUAUGGAUCGAUGGUCAGAUUGUGGCCAGGGAUAUUGACUGGCCACAGCCACUCAAAUACCUUGAAUUUGCUGAUCGCGGACUACAAGUGAAGCAGCAGCCAGGAGCUUCGGCUGGACAGCAGCUCUUGAUAAUCAGCUCACAGAAACCGGUAAAAUGUCUUGUCUUUGAGGAGCGAGAGAAUGUGCGAAUCAGCGACAGCGCUAUAGAUGUUGUUCCGGGCGAUGAGCAGGUGAUAGAGGUCACAGGACUCAGUGAGGGCAGCUCGCCAUUGGGGUACCGUUAUCUGGGUCAAUAG